UCCCAACGUUGUCAGAGUCCAGGAUAGCCCCUCUUUGCGAUUCUCUUCGUCGCUAGCCGCUCUAGGUUCUGGGACAGCCCAGGCUGUCUGGCAGCAGACGGGGAGAGACAUGCUGUUUUGUUUAAAUCCUCCACAUUCUUUGCCAUUUCCCCAUUGGCCGGAUGGGGCUACCCUCCCCGCCGCGGCCGCUGCUGAUGUCAGCCUCGUCGCUCUCGCUCCUCCCGCACCCACCUCCCUGCCCCAGGCACACUGCAGCUCGGCGCGGACUCUCCAGUCGCGGCGAGCUGGCUGCAAACUCACGGGCACGCACGGAGCUCGCAGAGCCGAGGGACUCGGGGGAGGGGACGCGCGCAAGGCGCUGGCAGCCAACCGCCGAGGUUGAAGACACCCGGGGCCCAGAGCAGGGCAGAGCCCUGGCGGCCACGGUUUCCCUUCUCUCUCUCAGCUGAGCUCCGGAGAGACUCGGGGACUGGCCCUAAAAAAGAGCAGGAAAUCUUGUUUACCGCCCGGGGAGAGGAGCCCAUCGAGCCUUUGUUUGGAAAGUCAGCAUCGCCGGCUCCCGCGGCAAUGUGUUCCUGGUGACAUUAACCCAGGGUAGACGGGUAGGAGAAAAGGGAGCUCGCCAGGUUCAGCUCUGCUUUCGGAGGAGGAUCGAGAGGGCGACUUUUGUGCAUUUGUUUGAAUUUGUGGAAAUCCCUUUUCCCCUUCCUUUUGCCUCUCUUGCCCGCCGCCGGGCAUGUCCUGAUCUGGUAGCCGCGCCUACCAGCCCGGGGCUGCUGAUCGGAGCUGUCUCCCGCGGGUCUCCCUCCCUCAGUGCCUGACUUUGCAAUACCGGGAGAGCUGAUCUCUGCGAGGAAGGAGGCGGGGGAGUCACAGACACCGGGACCCGAAGCUUGACAUGCUCUGGGGCGGACCGGAGGCAGUUAGGAGCUGAGCGCACCACCCCGGCUGCUUCGCUCUCCGGUUCCCAGCGUUUUUGCCCUCCACUGGGCUCCAGCCUUGCUCAUCAGUUGGGACGCCCCCUUCUUUCCCGGGGUCCGCGGCCGGCAGGAACAUGCUGCUGAAGGAGUACCGAAUCUGCAUGCCGCUCACCGUGGACGAGUACAAAAUUGGACAGCUGUAUAUGAUCAGCAAACACAGCCAUGAACAGAGCGACCGGGGAGAAGGGGUAGAGGUCGUGCAGAAUGAGCCCUUUGAGGACCCUCACCACGGCAAUGGGCAGUUCACUGAGAAGCGCGUGUAUCUCAACAGCAAACUGCCUAGUUGGGCCAGAGCUGUUGUUCCCAAAAUAUUUUAUGUGACCGAGAAGGCAUGGAAUUAUUACCCAUACACCAUCACAGAAUACACGUGUUCCUUCCUGCCGAAAUUCUCCAUCCACAUAGAAACCAAGUACGAAGACAAUAAGGGAAGUAACGACAGUAUUUUUGACAGUGAAGCCAAAGACCUCGAGAGAGAAGUAUGCUUCAUCGAUAUCGCCUGUGACGAAAUUCCAGAACGCUACUACAAAGAGUCUGAGGAUCCUAAACACUUCAAGUCUGAGAAGACAGGCCGAGGGCAGCUAAGAGAAGGCUGGCGAGACAACCAUCAACCCAUCAUGUGUUCCUACAAGCUGGUAACCGUCAAGUUCGAGGUGUGGGGCCUUCAGACCCGAGUGGAACAAUUUGUGCACAAGGUGGUCCGAGACAUCUUGCUGAUUGGACACAGACAGGCCUUCGCGUGGGUGGAUGAGUGGUACGAUAUGACAAUGGAUGAUGUUCGGGAAUACGAGAAAAACAUGCAUGAACAAACCAACAUAAAAGUUUGCAAUCAGCACUCCUCCACUGUGGAUGACAUAGAGGGCCAUGCACAGACCAGUGUAUGUAGACUGUUCAAAGCGCGUUGCCCACCCUGUGGGAAACAGUCAUGGAAACCCACCUGUCAGCCCCUGGAAAUGCGGGGUCCCCAGCCUUCUGUGAAAACAGAACCUCUCCCAGAGACUGUGGACAUGACAAUGGAUGAAGUGCGAGAGUUCGAACGAGCCACUCAGGAAGCCACCAACAAGAAGAUCGGCGUUUUCCCACCUGCCAUCUCGAUCUCCGGCAUCGCUCUACUGCCUUCCUCGGUGCGCAGCGCCCCCUCCAGCGCCCCCUCCACCCCUCUCUCCACAGAUGCGCCAGAAUUUCUAUCCAUUCCCAAAGACCGGCCCCGGAAAAAAUCUGCUCCAGAGACGCUCACACUUCCAGAUCCAGAGAAAAAAGCCACCCUGAAUUUACCUGGCGUCUACGCUUCCGAAAAGCCAUGUCGGCCCAAAUCAGAGUAACUCCGUGUGAACAUCCCGUUGGGUCCUUUAUUUUCAUUUGAGGCUUUUUUUUUUUUUCUUAAAGAAUCCUCUGGUCGAGGAAAGACUGCCUCUUCACUCAACUGUGUUCUUGGAUCUCAGACUGCAUGUGGUUAGAUAAUCUCACAGAUAGCAAGAACCCCCUUCGUGUGCCACACAGCAUCAUAGCGAAUGUGGAAAAGUACGAUUUAGAAAACAAAGCAAAACAGGAGGGGCAGAGGGCAAAGCUCAGUGGGUAGAGAGCUGCUGCAGCUGCCACAGAGCCCUUCGGUUCCAUCCCCGCAAUGGUAAACCAGGCAGCAGGGUCAGAAGUUCGGGGCCAACCUCAGCUAGAAACAGAUUCGAGGCCAGCCUGGGUUAUGUGAGACACUGUCUCGAGAACAAGACACACAGAAUUGUCUCUAGCUUUAGAAGUGGGACAAGGAGGAAGCUGUCUCUGGGACCUUGAUGAGUCUAAUGUGGGCCUCAAUGGUAAAAGGGUGAAUGGAUGAGAAACCUUUUUUUUUAUUUUUUAUUUUUUUUGGUAAGGUGUGGUAAAAUGACAUCAAUUUCCUCCCAUCAACAACAAAAAGUAAAAAUAUAUAUAUAUUCUCAGGAGUCACAUGCCCAAUUUUAUCAUUUGGGACUGCUGACCACCAAUACUUGAAUUCCAGUUGUAAUCAAUAUUCCUAUUUUGAUUUAGCCUGACUCAGGAUUUGGAGCCUAAAUUAACUUCUUACACUUUUGAAAAUUUUAAUAACCAACUUCUAGAGGCUCCAAGUGCAAUUCACGAUAACGUCUCUUUAUACCUUUUCACAAAAUUUAAUAAAGAGCCCAUCUGUUUGCGUCUCUUCGCUUCCCCCUCCGUGCCCUGGUGGCUUCUUAAAUCUUUUUAAGACUUGCCUGGAAGGCUUAUGACCACAACUAAUAUAAUGUGGAAUGUUCCGGAAACAGAGAGCCCCAGGUGAGGCAGCCAUCUUCUCUUCAAGUACCUCCAAAGCUUGACCUGUGAGCUUCACCAUCCAAACAAUUCUCAGAAACUUCGACAAGCUAAGGAGAAUUCAUUCAUUAUUAGUCUCCCACUUGAGGAAGUUCAAGGUAGACUAAGUUACCUGUGCUUAACCACUGUCUGAACCAUGCAGAAGAGAAUCCAUCCCUCCUGGUUUACUCUUAGUAACACCCAGAUAUACCUGGGAUGGGUUGACCAUCACCAGGCUUCUGAAAACACUACCAUUCUCUUAUUCCUUCCUUAUAAUCUAAACAUCGGGGGCCAGGGUGUAGCUCGAUUGUAGAGUUCUUUACCUAACAUUCAGGAGGCCCUGGGUUCCAGUCCCCCAACCCCGCAGAAAGGAAAUAAUCUAGUUAUCAGCUGUGUCCCAGGAAUCCAGAAAAUACAGGCAAGCGAGAGAUGUUGAGGAUUUGCGGGUUCCUAUUUGUACAGAGGUGUGGUCAUAAAUGUUCCUUUUGUCUUAGUCUCGUUGCUGCACAGAGGGGACAUGUAUGUAUGCCAGAGUCCAGGCCGACCGCUGACAAGGUCGGUCAUCAAAGUGGCAGAAAGAGAAAUCGGUCACCGUUGCACCUCACUGCCUUUAAGCCCACAAGGAAAGCCCACAGAAUAGCAAUAGCUGUGUGACGCUGCAGAACCUACGUCCUAGCUGUCCCUUCCUGACUCCUGACCUCCAACCUCAGGAAAGAAAAUGGCCCCCAAUACAGAUCCCAAAGGAAGCAAAAGCAGACCAAGGAGUGUAUUCUCCUUCCCUAACACCUCCCUGCCAGUGGACCCUGCCUGCACCCCGUCCCGGGUGCACCACAUUCUGCCACGUCUCCCGGGUCCAUGCCCUCUCUCUCGGCCCAGGUGCUGGCUCCUUGAGCCCAGCACCAAAGUGUUUAGAGUGUCUAGAUCAUUCCUUUGUCUAUAGAUGGACAUUGCACCCCAGUACUCAAAGGAAAGCGAUUACAAAUAGCUUAUCGUAACAGCGCACCUUUUCCUCGAGGUGACGGUACCGUAGUAGGGUACCCUCCUUUGCAUGGUAUGGAAGCAUGAAUCUUGCUUGUGGGAAAACCGUCCUCUCUCCCCAAACCCUUUGAACCCCUCAGUGGUUUCCUCUGCAUACGGCUGUAUUCAAUGAGCAAAAAAAGCAAAAUUCCACUUUUCAGAAGACACGGAGUUCGAGUAUGUAUCUGCUUACCGUUUGCAAGCUGACGCGGGCUGGGGUGGGCUCGUCGGUUUUCGUGUAGUGCGAGCUGAUUUUGCGCAGGUGGCUAACCCAUCUGGCACCGAGUUUUUCCAGUAAUACCACUCCACUCCUCCGUUCUAUACAGGCUUCUGUUGUCAAGGUCAACAGUCUGGUUCUCUUAGAAAAGCUACCUUCGCAUUCCCUCUCUGUGAGUCUUCUUUUCCUUUGUAGUCAGCUCAGGACCUUUGACACCAAUUGUAGCGCUAACUUCUGGUAAUGUGAUUCUUAACCAACGCGUAUGUGUUCAGUUUUCCUGUCUACAUGUGGUUCUGUGUGUGUUUCAAAUAGGGAAGGGGUGGGAUUCUGGAUAUAUUUCACUAGCUGCUUUGAAUAUUUAAUCCAGUCAUCAAAAAGCAUAAAUGACUUCGACGUUUUCUGGAUCUUGAUUGCCAAGUGUCGUUUCGCUUUGUCCUCACGUUAAUCUGCCAUUGUGGGAUCCAAGCCUUCGAGGGGUGUGUGUAUAUAGAACACGAGUAAUUCUUGUGAGGAUGGAAACAAAAUGGGUGCAUGAUGGAAAUUUAGGGGGGUAAAAAAAUAGCAGAAACUUGAAUGGCUAAGCAUGUUCGAGGGGGGAAUAGAAUCCUUAACUCAGUGCCUAUGUCUGCCAUGUGAAACCCUUCAGCUUCGUUCACCAAAAUUGUAUCAUACCUGUACAUAUAUAUACAUGUAUAAAACGCAGUAUAGCAAGCCACCCACCAGCAGUUCUAAGUCUCUGGUGGCCCAACUGAAAUAGCAUAGGAUAAAAUGUGUGUUUACCCCUCUUCAUCUCUGACAGCGGUAGAUGCCGCUAAAAUGGCCAUUCGUGUCUUGACUCCUGGUGGCUUCCUAAGAGGAAACAUCCCCGCAUUCAGGGUGUGGCACAGCAGCAUCUCUUUGUUGCGCUUUUCCUGGGUCAAGGCUUUGUGGUGUUUUUAUUGCAUAAAGCUUGUCUCACCCCACCCCACCCCCACCCGGAGCGUUUCCUUUUGCGCUGUAUAGUAAGAGAAUGCAAAGGAAAAAGAAACUGUAACAUUUUUUAUUGUUGUUGUCAGUUUGUGGGUGGACUUGCUUAUAAACCCUGCUCUCUGGCUUUGCAUCUAUGUGGGGCUAUUUUAACUUAUCUACAGGCAUAUGUCAGCCGGGUUUUUGGGUGUGAAGAUAAGUUAGCUCGAUUGUAGAUCUAAUGAACACACACACACAAAUAAAUAAAAAUGUAAAAAUAGGAUACACAACCCCUAAUGAUAUCCCCCAAAAGUAAUCGUGUGGUUUUCAUUCAUGACCCACAAUGAGCUUUAAACUAAGAAACAUCUUGAUUAAAACCCUCUAAAUUGAAAUUUUCAGAGCUAAAUGUGUUUAUGAAGAUUUUCAAAUUUCACUUCCUUUGGCAUCUCUUCAGUGCUCUGAGACAACAGGGUAACAGGGCACCAGCUGGCUUACAUUGGUGGGAACUUUGUUUUGGAAAAGGGCCAGCACAGAAUUGACUCUCCUUUCAACCUAUAAGCAGAUAAUCCAAUGCAGAGUGACGUUUCCAUACUUUUCUGGUCAUCUGACUGGUAGGCUAGAUGACAUCUUCCAUCCAAGCCAUAGUUGUAAAAAAAUAAAAAUAAAUCUUGGCCUGGUCUGUAAGUUGACAUGAAUAAACUAUGUUAAACUCUUUAUUCUUGGUAAGACCAAAGCGUUACACCGUCACACUGCGUUGACACCACGCACAGACCCAAGACACCUUGGGUUCCCCUGUAUUCCGAAUUCCACCUUCAAAGCACUCUGUCCGAGUCUGAUAUCUUACUGCUCAAGAUCCAUAGGACUUCAUGCUAUAAGACAAUGUGAACGUGUGGAGAACUUCACAGACGACGCCCCUUUACUGUAACUCCAUUUUAAUAAAUGCUUAGGAUAAGCCUUCCCACUUUCUUGCUUUCCGAGUUCAAACUGUAUCUGUGGAAUUUCAAGUCUCCCUCCCCGUUUCCCAGUGUCCCUGAGGAGAUAAGAGGUUCUUUUGAGUUGAUGUUAUAUGUCCUUGCCAGUGUCAUUUCAGCAUUUCCGUUUUCGAGCUGAGAUCUUGAUCGGGUUAACUUAGUCAAAAUACCACUGCCACCACUGAAGGACCAAGUGUUGGAACGCAGAGUGCAAGCAACUCGAACGGAAGUGACCCUCACACACACAACCCUCUGUGUCCUUUUACGGCUGUUCUGUCGUCGAUGCCCGCCCCCCCCCUUGUUAUUUAUUAUUGUUAAUAACUUACUUUUUCUUACAUUCUAUUGUAAAUAAAGUACAAAGCAAUCUUC